CAACGGCAACCGCUUCGGUGCAGCCCCUCUCCAUUGCAGCAGCCGCAACCGUCAUCACCACCGGCGCUCCUCCCCUUUUUGGAUCGCUGUCGGCACCAACAUCAGUCUCCUCCGGUGUGACGUUCUCCUCCAACUUUGCUUCACCAAGCCGGGUCUCUAUGCCAUACUCUCUCUUUCAGAAUGCUCCACCAGUGUUCUCGUGGUCGGCUCCCCUUCCCGUGCAGCCGGUCCCUCUAGAGCCGCCGCCCCUCUCAGCGGCCCUACCUUUGCUGGCCCUACGUUUGUUGGCUCACCUGGUGUCUCCACCUUCAUGAUUCCACCUCGCACACCACUAGUCAGCUCGGCCGGGACUCUACUCACGGAACUUGCCCAAGCCAUCUCUCAUGUGGCAACUAAUGUCACAAAUAUCGUGACUACCAAACUGUUAGUGGUGGAAGACUACACUACCUGGUGGACACAGUUCGAAUCGUUUCUGGUUUCCCAAGCUCUUCUUGGCAUGGUUGAUGGCUCCAUUCAGGUACCACCUACUUAUUCCAUAGAUGCUCUUAACCGUCAAACUCCCAAUCCGGAAUUUUCCACUUGGUUGCGAAUUGAUCAAACAAUUCGUUCUUGGUUAUUUGCAACCCUAUCUCGGGAUGUUCUUAUUGAUGUUCGUGAUUUAAAACAUUCCUAUGAGAUGUGGGAGCAGCUGGAGUCUCGAUUUAUGUCUGUUAGUUUAGCUUGAUCUUUGGAAUUAAAAAGGUUAUUUAAUGAAAUCAAAAAGAAACCUGAUCAGUCCAUGGAUAAUUAUCUGAGAGAAAUUAAAACUUUAGCUGAUGAUCUUGCCACAAUCAAUUGCCCUGUGCCUCCUCGUGAAAUUUUAAACACUACUAUUAUGGGAUUGGGACCUGAGUAUGAAUCCUUAUUCACCGCUGUGUCAUUAUUUGGACAAAACUUCCCGUUUGAAACUCUUCGUAAUCAUCUUCUUGAGUUAGAACAGCGGGUUAUUUAUCUACGCUCCCAGGAGUCCUCGUCCCUCCAUCAGGCCUUCGGUGCUGCAGUCAAUUUAUCCGGGCAGUCCACUGGUCAGCAGGCCGGCCAGCAGCAUUUGGGCUCACAAUACCUGGUCGGGCAGACUCAGCACCCGGUCGGGCAACAAAGGUAGCAGGGCUCUCAGCAGUGCGGAAGGGGCCACGGUCACGGGCGAGGCCGCGGUGGCAGGGGUCGUGGCAGAGGGCAUUACUCAGUCCAGUAUGGUCAGCCGCCAGCAUACUGGUAUCCUUAGGGGCAGCCAACUUAUAACCCUGGAGGGGGUGGUUCACCUGCAGGGGGUGUGACAUCUACGGGUACUGUUAUUUGUAAUUCUGCUAUGUCACAUUAAAACAUUAAUGCAUUAUCUGUUUGUGUUACUAAUAUUAGUUCUGUUGUUACUUGUCCCUCCCGUUUCACACAACCCUCCGCUCCUGCUCUGUUGACUACUCCUUGUGACACUAAUCCUACUUUAUGGUUUCCGGAUUCGGGGGCUUCUGCUCACAUGACUGCAACUGAAGGACAAAGCAUCGGAGGCAGUACUUCUACGAGCUACCAGUAGUGGGCUACAUUAUCCUAUCCAUCUGCCGCCAUCUUCACCAUUAGUUUUUGCUUCAGUUUUAGCAGCUUUUGGCCCUGUGUGGCACCGUAGAUUAGGUCACUGCGAUGAUAGUAUUUUACAGUUUCCUAAGAAAAAACAAUUUCUAUGUAGUCAUUCUCCUUUUACUCUUGAGUGUGUGGCUUGUCGUUUAGGAAAAUCACAAUGUUUGCCUUUUAUGGAUGCUAGUCAUAAUUCAAUUUUCCCUCUAGAAAUUAUUCAUUCCGAUGUGUGGCAGUCUCCUGUAUUUUCCAACAUGGGAUUCAAGUAUUAUGUAUGUUUUAUUGAUGAUUUUUCCCGUUAUACUUGGAUUUAUCCUAUGCAUCACAAAAGUGAGGUUUUUAUGCACUUUAAAAAUUUUAAGGCUUUGGUUGAAAAAAUUUUUAAUCAUAAAAUUAAAAAUUUUCAAAGUGAUGGAGGGGGUAAAUUUGUUAAUCAUAAUAUGCAACAAUUUUUCUUGGCUAAUGGUAUAUAUUUUCAAAAAUCAUGUCCUGACACACCUCAACAAAAUGGG